GCCAAGACGUUUUUCACUAAAAUUGGUUGAAUGGUUGAUGUUUGGCAACGCGCUUGGGACACGUCGACUGAAAAUUGACAGAUUCGUUUGUGUGAGUUUGUCGGUAUUUUUUUUUACACAGGAAUAUUUUAUAACUCGCUGUCUUAUCUACAAGUUCUCAGUAAAAAUGGUGUCAGUCAUUUCCACAGUCGAUACUGGACAUGGAGACAUGAUCCAUGAUGCGCAAAUGGACUAUUAUGGCUGUCGGCUUGCAACCUGCUCAUCUGACAGGUCUGUGAGGAUUUACGAUGUGAAAAAUGGAACACAAACAUUGGCUGUCAAUUUGAGAGGACACGAAGGACUGGUUUGGCAAAUUGCUUGGGCUCAUCCCAAGUUUGGGAAUAUUUUAGCAUCGUGUUCUUAUGAUCACAAAGUUAUUAUCUGGAAAGAGAUGAAUGGACAAUGGGUCAAGUUUUAUGAAUACGCUAACCGGGUCAUUCCAUCCCAACUCGAAUUUUUUCGUCGACCCAACCAUGAUUCAUCUUUGAACUCUGUUUGCUGGGCCCCUCAUGACUAUGGCCUUAUCCUCGCCUGUGGAAGUUCUGAUGGAUCCAUCUCCAUUCUCUCUGCUACAGCUGCAGGAGGUUGGGAGGCCAAGAAGAUCAACAAUGCCCAUACAGUAUGCAUUCCACCGACGAUUGGAGUAUCGCGAGCAAUACCUGCACCGCCUGUUACGACAAUUGCUAGUAGUACAACUGGAUGCUGGUAUUCCUACGAUCAAUGAUUGGGGAUCAGCUGCUCAUUCGUGGUCAUCUGUUAAA